UAUUUGAUAUAUCGUCAUUUCCUUACCUGGCAACCCCGCAUCUUGACCUUCACACGUGUUGCCGUACAGAGCCACGCCGAACCGCGACGAGCAGGUAUGGCUGACCAAGAAGGGUUCAAAUACAGUCCAAGAAGAGGUGCCGCACGAUUUCGGUCCCUGAAAACUGACAGUGAGUUGAGAUCGCCCCUUUGUCCAACUGAUGCCCACUCGGGAAGAGGUGCCCCAGUCUACUGGAGCCCUGUGGAUCAAAGGAAAGAUGCUGAUGUUGCUGGAGGCAGUAAUUCUGCACAAGAAGUUUUACAUUGUGAAGCUGCUGACUUACCGGAAAGGGAGACUUCUCCCAUCCCUAACCCCAGAGAUAAACUUGAUGCGCUGUUGGAAUGUGAGGAAGAAGACUUUGAUGAUGAUGGUGCAGCGGCCCUCUCUCUUCCGGGCAUGUCACCUCCUAAAAGCAUAUCCUCAGAUGAAGAGCUCUCAGUGCACCAGAUCGAGGACUUCAACAAAACAGAUGAAAGCGUGGAGACUGAAGUUUGGCUCAUGGACUGGCACAAGAAUCACAUGGCAGCUUUAAGCAGUGAGAMGUUCGACAGCCUCCUGAAAAUGUGUCCAGAGUUUUCUGCCUGUAAAAGCCACAUGGCUGCUUUUGUCUUGAUAAGCGAGGUGCUGGAUACAGCGGGUCGUCCAUGUAAGCGUUACAAAGUGGUGGCAGUGGGAGCUGGCCGUUCAAGCUGCAGCAAGUGGCUUUGCUACAAUGGGAUGAUGGUUCAUGACUGCCACGCCAUCAUCAUCGCCAGAAGGGCUCUCCUGAGGUUCCUGUACAAACAGCUUUUGCUGUUUUCUGAUGCUGAUCCAAAGGCCAAGGAGAGCUGUAUUUUUGAGAAUAGUGUAGACAGCCACCAGCUGCAGCUCAAACCUAAAACCAGCCUGCAUCUCUACACCAAUCAGUGCCCCGAGGGAGCAGCCAAGGAUUUCUACUUUAAGGAUUUAACAAACGUGAGCUGGGCCACGAUGAAGCUGCAGUAUCACGCCAAGGGCCUGCUCGUUCCCGUGGCUUACCUUGAGCCGAGUUUGUGGGGUGCCAGAGUGUGCUGCAUGUCCGGCAGCGACAAGCUGUGCCGCUGGACUGUUACCGGAGUUCAGGGAGCRCUGCUGAGUCACUUCAUUCAGCCUCUUUACAUCACCAGCAUAGUGCUCGGAGGCCAGAAGAUUUUGAAUGAGAAGGUGUCUGACAUCACUAACAAGCGCCUGGGAGAUGGUUGGGAUGGAGUUCUGCCUCCCUUCUAUAAGAAACACAACAUCAUCUUUCUCAGCGAUGACUAYGUUGGACCUGCUGGGUCGCUGCCGCCGCACGACCACUUCAGCAUCAACUGGUGUCUUGGAGACAAAGACAUCGAAGUUCUGGACUGUCGCACGGGCAACGUCGUUGAGGGCUCUCCAUAUGUGAGUGGUCCCAGCUUCUCAAGCAGACUUUGCAAGAGAGCCCUCUACAGUUACUUCCAACGAGUUGCACAACUGGGUGGGCACACCUACCUGCUGGAUCUUCCCACCUAUCACAGUGUCAAGAAGGAUGCUGUUGCGUACCAGACGGUUAAAGAGCUGGUCAAAGAACAUUUCCUGAGCUUCCAAGCUGGACCCUGGAACUCAAAGAAGCUGGUGGAUUGCUUCAGUGCUUAAACACUCACAGGAGGAGUUAUCUCAAUGUUUAGAAAAGUUCCUGCUAAGAUUUUAUUUGUUUUUGUUCCUUACUGCCAUUUGCAUUGUUAGUUUUAAGUGAUUUCUGAUSUUCUUUUGUAUGUAACAUUAAAGUUUUGAGUUUGUGUGGGUGUUUGAAAAAAAAUAAACAAGACCUGACUGUUGCA